UCACGCGAUGUUUUUAGUGCUAUGGCGUACCAGGAAGGGGAGUCGCUUGAAUCUUGGCUCAAUAAAGCCACCCAUCCCACAAACAGACAGGAGGACUGGGAGUACAUCAUAGGCUUCUGUGAUCAGAUCAACAAGGAACUGGAAGGUCCUCAGAUAGCUGUGACUCUGCUCGUCCACAAAAUCCACUCAUCACAAGAAUGGGAGGCUCUUCAGGCUCUGACCGUAUUGGAGGCAUGUAUGAAGAACUGCGGGAGAAGAUUUCAUAAUGAAGUCGGGAAAUACAGAUUUUUGAAUGAGCUGAUUAAAGUUGUGUCUCCAAAGUACAUGGGUGACAGUGCACCUGAGAAGGUGAAGAUGAAGAUUGUAGAGAUGCUGUACAGCUGGACGGUGGCGUUUCCAAAUGAGACCAAGAUCGGUGAAGCCUACCAGACGCUGAGAAGACAAGGCCUUGUGACACACGACCCGGAGUUACCGCUGGACAGGACUCUGAUUCCCUCUCCUCCAACACGACCCAAACAUCCAGUGUUUGACAACGAGGACAUGGGCAAGCUGCUUGCUGAGCUUCUCCGGAGUAAAAAUCCAGAGGACCUUCAGGAAGCCAACAGAUUAAUCAAGAACAUGGUGAAAGAGGAUGAGGCGCGAGUGCAUAAGGUUACGAAGCGAAUACACACUCUGGAUGAGGUGAACAUCAAUGUCAAGCUGCUGACGGAGAUGCUGUCCCACUACAACAAAGACAGCUCCACUGACUCAGACAAGGAUAUCAUUAAGGAACUCUACGAGCGGUGUGACAAGCUGAGGCGCGCUGCCUUCAAAAUGGCCACUGAGACGGAGGACAACGACACCAAUUUAGGUGACAUCCUGCAGGCCAGCGAUGACCUCUCCAGGGUCAUCAACUCCUAUAAGAAGAUGGUUGAGGGGCAGUCCAUCAACGGUGACAGCGAAGAGCCUCGAUCUACAGCUGGUGACAGUGAGACCACAGAUACACUGAUCGACCUCGGGGGCCUCGACACUCCGAGCCCUCCUCAACCUGCCGUGCCUCACUUCCAGGCCUCAAAUCUUGUCUCCAUCAAUCCCAUUGCUUCCCCCAUCCCCGUGCUGCCUCCUCCUCCCAAACGUCUGGCCGGUUCCCAUGGCAGUCAGAGCAGCAGCCCAAGUCACCCCCCCCUCGACAAGGCCUCCACUGCACUCUCUCUCCUUGACGAUGAGCUGCUGUCUCUAGGACUGAAUGACCCCCCCACCUCUCUGAGCAGCCAAUCAAAACCCAAGUUGAACGAAUUGUCCAAUCAGUGGACUUCCUUGCAGGCUCCAGCUCCAGGUGUGGAUAUGUUUGGCAGUGCAGCUUGUUCAGGUCCAGCGGUGCCUCCAGCUGAGCCAGCUGCUGCCACACACAGUCUACAGAACCUGCAAGACCUGGCCAUGAUGGGCUUUUCAGAUCACAAGAGUUUGUCCGUCCAGAUGACGGCCAGAGGAAGCAGCUUUGGGAUGCCUGCAGCAGCACCUAUCCUCAUAUCUGGGCAGGGCUCUCCCUCCUCACCUUCUUUUCUCCAGGUUAUGAUGCCCAACUCUCCUGCUCUGUCCCAUGCCAAGGCCCAGAGCCUGGGCUCAGCACCGGGCAGCCCGCUGUUCCGCUCUCUGUCCCCAUGCCACCCUCCCCUCCAGGGCAGCCCGGCCAGAGCUACAGACGUCUCCCUGAGCAAUGUGCACAUCCCUCUGGAGGCGAUCAGACUCAGUAAAGUGCUGCCUGUGACGGCCUACGAUAAGGACGGUGUUCGCAUGCUCCUCAACUUUGCAUCUGACUGUCCCCCCGGCCGGCCUGACGUGUUGGUAAUGGUGGUGUCCACGCUCAAUACAGCACCCCUGCUUGUUCACAAUGUGGUACUGCAAGCUGCUGUACCCAAGUCAAUGAAGGUGAAGCUGCAGCCUCCAUCAGCAACAGAACUGGCGCCAUUUAACCCGAUCCUACCUCCAGCCUCCAUCACCCAGAUCAUGUUGCUGGCCAACCCAACAAAUGAUAAGGUGCGUCUGCGCUUCAAGCUGGCGUUCACACUCGGAGAUCGUCUGUGCAACGAGGUUGGAGAGGUCAACCAGUUCCCCCCACGAGAGACUUGGGGUCAACUAUAGAAAUGUGCACGCCUGCUACCUCUCAGCAGGGACCGGUUCGUACUCCAUGAAGGGGCUGUGAAGUCACAUCCAUCCCAGAGAGAAAGCAGGGGAAGGUGGGGUCAUUCAGCCGCACAUUCCUUAUAGCGGUUCAUUUCUUUUGGCCAUUGUUAAUACUGGCAGUGAGAAGCUAACAGCAGACACUGAAGUUGUAUUUAAACAGUGCUUGUAUACUUUUCUGCAGAUAGCUAACAAACUAAAGAUUCACUGGCAAGUAAGAGAGCCGUGGUGUUUACAGGUCGAUGGUAUUAAGAUAAAUAUUUUAAUGGGUUUUCCCCCAAGGCGAAUAUUACAGGUUUGAAUGUACUAUAAAUAAUCAAUGCAUUAGAGCUCAGCCCCCGACAGACGUGAUGGAUUGCAGCAGGACAAAAUAACUUUUAAAAGAAACUGACCUCUUAAUUAAAGUGGCAAUAGACAACAUUACAGCGUCACCGACACCAUUAAGCUUUAUGCAAAUGAGUGUUUGACAUCAGCUAGCGACUCUGCUAGCUGCAUUAAUUGGAAAAAGAGUUGGCAACAUUGCACAUGACACACCGCAUUUUGCGUCCCACGGCUUUGUGACAUAAAUCGCGCCUUCAUGUUUUAUGGGAGAUCGUACCUGGUGGUGGAAAGCAUUACAUAGUGGAAGUGGCUUAUAGGGAUCUAAACGCUGAUGGUGUAAUUAUUGUACAUUACAUUGUGCAAUCAACAUUUACUUCAUAAUUAUAAGAUAAAGCAACAAAAAGUUUCUAUUGCUACUUUAACAGAGCCUGAGAUACAAGUUGUGCUUACAUGUAUUUAUUCCUCUGGAUGAAUGAGCACUUUCUAAGCCCACAGAAAAUAUACUUGAAUAUAUCCAUAAAGUUGAAAAUGGGAUCUAGUAGAUGUCUUAGGAUGGAGUUAAACUGAAAGAUUCAUCCCUUAAGUAAAAAUACUUAAAUGAUUAUUUCAGCCAUUAAGAUGUUUGAAAUGGUUAAAUAACCUGUGUUUAUCAAUGAUACUAGUUAGUGUAGCCCUGUUUUAGAUAAGUGGACCAACAUUUCAUUUUGUGCUGUAAAAGCAACCAACUGCACUUAAGAGGGUUCAUUUUUUAUUAUGAAUGUCGUUAAGACUCGAGUCCUGGUUUUAUGUGAUUUUAGCAGUCCUUAUUUUUGUUCUGUAUUUAAAGAUCUUUACUCUUCUACCAGUGACAGUAUUUGUCAUAUUUAUUACUUUCUGUUCUGUUUACAGUAUUUCAGUGCAUCACUGAACCUAGAAAAUGUGAACUGAAAACAUUGAAUUACAUUUGGUAGCUCUAAAAGGCAAAUCUGUCACCAGGCACACAACUUGUGUGUUCAGCCGUGGGAGAGCGGAACUGUGCUGUGAGGAACGUUUCAUACAUCAGUCCACCCUUAGGCCCCCCCCUCUCUGGUAGUCCUCAACUCGUCACAUGUACGGAAGAAGUGAGUGUUUAAUGUACAGAGUAUGUAAUGUACCUAUUAUUUGUUGUUUGACAAGUUACGUGAACAUGUGACGUGUAGAUUUUGGGAGAGUUAGGACUGUACAUACUGUAUGAUGUGCCAUUUGUUCGCCACAUGACAAAAUAAAUAUUUCUUUCAAUGGUU